AAGAAUUCGGGGGUCGAGUGCCGGUUCUGCGGGAACCGACAGCUGAGGAAUAGCGCUAAGUGUCGGCGACACACAUAUAUUUGUGGUGAAUGUCCCGAAGAAAUCAAACAGACGCUUUACUACGAGGGAACCAAACCCACGGCUCGCAAAACAAGCGAUGUUUGGCGCCAUUGGAAACAUGUGUCGGGAAUCGGUGACAAAGCGGUGGUGGAGUGUAUGUACUGCGGGCACAAACUGCAAAAACACGCGCCAAAGUGUCGCCAACAUCUAUGGAAAUGUCCCAAAUGUCCCACAAAUGUUAUGGGAAGCGAUAUGGAGAGCAGUGAUAAUGGUUCGGAUAGUUGUGGCGGUGGUCCUGAUUUGGGUGGUGAUAGUGAUAGCGGUGACCAUCAACCAAUUGAACCAAUAGUUUCGAAAUACAGACCACAGGUCUACGAAACAGUCGAUAUUUGGCGCCAUUGGAAGCACGUGUCGGGAAGCGGAGCCAAAUCGAUAGUGGAGUGUAUGUAUUGCGGGCACAAACUGCAGAAACACGCGCCAAAAUGCCGCCGACAUAUCAUGAAAUGUCCCAAAAAUGUCAAGCAUAUGGUGACCAAUGAUAAUGAUUUGGAUAGUUGUGGCGGUGGUCCUGGUUUUGGUGGUGAUAGUUAUAGCGGUGCCGAUCAACCAAUUGAACCAAUAGUUCCGAAAUACAGACCACGGGUCUUCAGACCGGUCGAUAUUUGGCGCCAUUGGAAGCAUGUGUCGGGAAGCGGAUCCAAAUCGGUAGUCGAGUGUAUGUACUGCGGGAACAAACAGCAAAAACACGCGCCAAAGUGUCGCCGACAUCUCAUGAAAUGUCCCAAAAAUCCUAAGAAUAUGGAUAACAGUGAUAAUGAUUCGGAUAGUUUUGGCAGUGGUCCUGCUUUUGGUGGUGAUAGUGAUAGCGGUGCCGAUCAACCAAUUGAACCAAUAGUUCGACAAUACAGACCACGGGUUUGCAAAUCAGUUGAGAUUCACGACCUCUUGGAUGAGUUGAGUGAUGAGAAUAAGAGACUUUUAGACGAAUUAAAAUUCGCCCAAAAAUACAUUGAAUUUAUGCAAAACUAUAGAAAAUGUGUUUUAGUUUAUAAGCGAAAGUGUGUUUGCGUCCAUACCAUCGAUCAUAAGCCGAUUGUUCAGCGAUUGGAGACCAGAUAUGACGACAUUAAGACACAAAUACAAAGAAUGCGAAUUCAAAGUGACGCCGACUGUAGUGAUAGUGAAGUGAAAUCAGUGGCCAAACGCAAGCAAAACAACUCAUUGAUUGCAUUAAUCAACGCAUUUAAUCCGAGCGUUAAUUCGGUGACCAUUAAUGACAACCAGUCUUCGGGUGGCGAAGAUUCUGGCGAUGAUUACAAUCCCAUCGCCGAUGAUUUUGAGCUUAAUUACUAUCCGGUCUUAGAGCCCAACAACAAGAAGAGUACCAAUACUGUUGGAAAACAAAGCACACACCGAUCCGCCCAUACGUCGGGUCGGUUAACACCGAGCGGUCAAACCAAAGGAAAGGACACUUUCUAUCAGUACAGGAAAGCCGACGGCAAAAUCAAGUGUCAGUGGACCGGUUGUCGCUUGUAUUUUGUCAAACCCAACCACAUGUGGCGACACUACCGGAGCAAACACACCACUAUCAGGCCAUUCAAGUGUCCGCAGUGUCCGAAGGCGUUCGCAUUCAAUGACGGCUUAAGACAACAUCUUAUUGUUUGCCACAACUCUGGCGCGACUGACGGCAAUCAAUGGGACCGAAAAGCGGUUGACGAGACCGACGAACAGAGCCACGAGUGUUGUAUAAACGAUUGCGAGCGUGUCUUCGACGACAAGGAAUCGCUGGACAAACAUAUGCGCGACGAUCACAACUACAGACCCGUGACCCGCGAGGACAUCCUUCUUAAGAAGGGGAUCAGACCCGUGACCCGCGAGGACAUCCUUCUUAAGAAGGGGAUCCGUUGCGAUUGGCCCGACUGUGAGGUCGUGUGCCAAACGUCGCGUUCAUUGGAAAUGCAUCGCUACAGAGCGCACACCAAAACCAAGUCAUUGGUGUGCGGCGAAUGCGGCUCUUGUUUUGGGACCAAACACUGUCUCAAUAACCACAAAAAGAGGUGCACUUCGUUACUGAAGUACAGGCGAUACAAAGGGGGGCCGGCGGCGGAUGACACGGAUGACGAGCUCUCGCCGUCAGCCGCUAAGCGUCAGCGAACGGCCAUCGAUGAGAUAUUUUGGUGCCAAUACCCGAACUGUGGCCGCGAAUACAGCACACAGUCGGAGCUGAAGACACAUAUCGGCGAACAGCACAACACCGGCGGCCAAUACAAGUGCCAGAAGUGUGACAUGAGUUUCGACGGUCGCUAUAAUCUACGCAAACAUGAGAUCCAAACCCACGAAACGGUGUACGAAGAAGAAGAGGAGGAAGCGAUGAGCGGCGAAGAGAUUGCCGAAGACGGGCACCCGAUCUACGCGUGCGAUUGGGUCGGUUGCGACGACCGGUUCAGAAUUGUAAAGAAACUCCAACACCACUACCGGACUGUCCAUAACAGCGAUUAUGCGCUCAAAUGCCACAAAUGCGACAAACGGUUCCGCGAGCGACACAAACUCCGCAAACACAAGAUUAUCUACCACUCGACCGGCGCGCCGAAGAUGCCCUACCAGUGCGCGUACGAGGGCUGCGGUCAGGGUUUCAUUGAGAACUUCCAACUCGUGGCGCACACACGCAAAGAGCACACUCUGGAGCAGCCAUACGAGUGCCAACAGUGCGACCGCCGGUUCGUACUGGAAGUGUAUUUGACUCGACACGUGGCCCACAACCACAGUAAGGCCUACGGGUGCGAAGCGUGUGACCAGACGUUUGAUACAAAGACCGCUCUCAACGGCCACCACAGCGAAAAUCCGGACCAUUUGCAGCACCGGUGCGAUCGAUGCGCGAAGAAGUUCAACACGAAUGACAUUCUGAUCCAACACUACAACGAGAAGCACGUUAUGGAGCGUAAGUUCAAGUGCCCGGAGCCGGACUGCGACCGACAGUACAUCAGUUAUCGCCUUUUGCGGAAGCAUAUGGUGGUUCACCGCGGCGUCCGGUCGCACGUGUGCGAGUGGCCCGGCUGUGAGAAGGCCUUUUUCACCUCAACCAAUCUGAAGGUCCAUCGGGAUAUGCACACAGACGUGCGUAACUUCCGGUGCGAAUACCAGUUCUGCGGCAAAACUUUCCGCAAGAGGGUUACGCGCGACACACAUAUGGCCACUCAUCAGGCGAUCAAGAAGUUCGGCUGCUGUUGGCCGGGAUGUGAAGAGACGUUUGUGAUGCGCGUCGCGAUCGACGCUCAUAUAUACGAACACCAGGGCCUCAAGCCUUACCGCUGCCAAAUGGACGGCUGUAAGAUUGCAUGCCGUAGACAGAACUCUUUGAAAAGACAUUAUACUAAUAUACACCAUAGAAAUGACAUUGUUGUCAAAAAUCUGACCAAACAAUAUCCAACUGAUCAAUACAUCAUGAUCAAUUCAGAUCUC